UAGACAGAUAAAGACAGCAGCUUUCUUCGCUGCUUGACUGAACUAAAAGAAAACUGAUUAAAAUUGCAGGGAAAAGGCCACUCCAAAGACGAGCUAAGGAAAGCUGCGCAGAUUUUUUUUUUCUUCCUUCACUUCUCUUUGCUGUUCUUUUACCACCCCGUGCCAAACAACAGGAGAGGGACAAGAAGGCAAAUCCAAUGAUUAAUGGACUCUUUGCUUUGAAUUCUUUCUGCCACUUUCAGCAGGACCACCUGUUUCACGUCUCGUUGAAUUACAAGGACUUUGGAAAGAUGAACCAAACAGAUGCUACACUUUUUCUCUCCAACAGCAGUAACUCUUUGGGCAACCUCUUUAAUUGCUGCACCCAGGCUUCUGUGGUCACAGACGAUGGGUUCGAGGUCCCCUCCGUGGACGAGAGGAACCUCUUCGUCAUGCGAGUCGUUCAGAUCGCGGUCAUGUGCGUCCUUUCCCUCACCGUCAUCUUUGGGAUUUUCUUCCUAGGGUGCAACCUGCUAAUCAAAUCAGAGGGCAUGAUAAACUUUUUAGUGAAGGAAAGGAGACCGUCCAAAGAAGUCGAAGCGGUAAUCGUUGGCCCGUACUGAGAGCGU